AUGAAACAGUUGGCUAGAGCUUAUUUUUGGUUCCCAAAAAUUGAUCAGUUUAUUGAAAAUUUUGUAAAUAAAUGUAUACCUUGCCAACUCACAAGACCUUCAGCUCCAAAAGUAAAAUCAAAUUUUUGGCCUUUAACUGGCAAGCCUUUUGAAAGAAUACACAUAGACUUUGCGGAAUUUGAGGGUAAAAAUCUUUUAAUUGUUAAAGAUUCCUAUUCGAAAUGGAUCGACGUAUCUGUAGUAAAUAGCAUUGAUUCAAAGUCGAUAAUAACUCAAUUGCGAAAAUUAUUUGCUUGCUUUGGCUUACCAAGUGAUGUAGUAUCUGAUAAUGCUCAGCAAUUUAAAUCUGACUUAAUUUUAAAGUUUUUUAAAUCCAACGGGAUUAAUCCAGUAAAUUCUCCACCAUAUCAUCCAAAUUCUAAUGGUGCAGCGGAAAAUUCAGUAUCUAUUGUUAAAAACAUGUUGAAAAGACAAACAUUUUCUGAUCGUAAAUAUGAUAAUUUUCAACAUAGAUUAGAUUCGGCACUUUUUGCUUAUAGAAAUACUCCUUAA